AUGUAUCUACGAGACCGCCUCCUCAACUAUGUCCCUGGAAGAGCACUACACUCUACUGCUCGAAAUCUACUGAUGAUCCCCGGCCUUAAAGAGGAGGAAGAUGAACACGAAGAUGAAAAUGAGAAUCUGCCAGGGAGUGGUGUCUCCCGAAGGCUGCAGAAGGAAAUUGUGGACAUGCACAAUGAAAUCAGGAGAAACGUGAAGCCGACGGCCAGCAACAUGCUGAAAAUGAGAUGGGAUGAGACGGUCGGUGAGAGUGCUAAAAGGUGGACGGACAAAUGUCAGUCAGUCAGCAGUCCCAUGGAGGAACGAACGUUUGAUGGUGUUUUGUGUAGUCAGAGCUUAUUCCUGGCAAAUUACCUCUUCUCCUGGUCAGAGAUCCUUGAGUACUGGCAAAAUAAAAGUCGUUAUUUCAUGUAUGGUGUUGGGCCUAUUGACCCUCAACAAAACGUUUAUGGAUAUACACAGGUUAUUUGGUAUCGCUCGUACAAGGUUGGAUGUGCUGUUUCUUAUUGCCCAAAGAAUAAGCACAAAUACAUCUAUAUGUGCCUGUACUGCCCUGCAGGGAACAUUGUAGAAGAAAUAACUACGCCCUACAAAAACGGCCCACCCUGUGGAGACUGUCCAAAGCGCUGUGAAGAUAAACUCUGCACCAAUCCCUGCAAGUAUAUGGAUCGUUACACAAACUGCCCCGUGCUGAAAGGUCAAGUAGGCUGUAAAACCGCCAACCAGGAGGGGUACUGCAACGCCACCUGCAAAUGCAAAAACAGAAUUAAAUAA